AUGGUCAAGCGCAAGGAACUCAAAGACAAUGAUGUCGAGAUGUCGGGGACGGAUCCCCGCGUCGACGGCGACGACUCCGAUGAGGACAUGGACAUGGUCAACGUUGACUUCGAAUGGUUCGACCCUCAACCGGCCGUCGAUUUCCACGGUCUGAAGAACCUCCUCCGUCAGCUCUUCGACACCGACGCCCAGAUCUUCGACAUGUCCGCUUUGGCCGAUUUGAUCCUCUCGCAACCUCUGCUUGGUUCGACUGUCAAAGUUGAUGGGAAUGAGUCGGAUCCAUAUGCGUUCUUGACUGUGCUGAAUCUUCAGGAACAUAAGGAUAAACCCGUCAUCAAAGACCUCACAGCCUACCUCCAGCGCAAAGCCAACGCCACACCGACACUCGCGCCCUUGGCCCAACUCCUCUCCCAAACGCCCAUCCCGCCCAUUGGCCUGAUCCUGACGGAACGUCUCAUCAACAUGCCCGCGGAGGUCGUACCGCCCAUGUACACGAUGUUGCAAGAGGAGAUCGAUUGGGCGAUCAAGGAUAAAGAGCCGUACAGUUUCACGCAUUACUUGGUUGUGUCGAAGACGUAUGAGGAGGUGGAGUCGAAGCUAGAUGCGGAGGAGUCGCGGCCGCAGAAGAAGAAGAAGAAGGCUGCGGGUGGGGAGAAGGCCGAGCGGUUUUUCUUCCAUCCUGAGGAUGAGGUUCUGGAAAGACACGCUGUGUGUGUUGGGCCUGUGGAGUACACGCAUAAGGCUGAGGAGGGGUUGUCGGAUUCGAAGCGCGCGUUCCAGGAUUUGGGUAUCGUGACGAAGGGGAGUCUUAUUCUGUUGGAGGCGAGUAAGUUGGAUGGGGCGGUUAAGGAUAUGGCGGAGUAUUUCAAGCCAUAG